CUCUGUCUGUAGCUAGAAUACACUGUACACAUUAAAAAUACAGGCUAUUGAAGUGGAGUAAAGUAAAAGGACCAAUUACAAGUUGUAUAGAAUUACAUUUAAGUACUGUAAAGUAUGAUGAACACAGCAGCCUUUACGCAGCACAAAUGUAGAAACAACAAAAUAGCAAUAAGACAUACUGAAAACACAAGUAAAGGGUUUUAAAGAAUGUGUCAUGAGAUAAACAUUACAUAGAAAAGGUUUGGCUCUAAAAAAAAAACUAAAAUAACAAUCAUGUUUUAUUUUUAACGACCAUAGGGGUUUAUGUUACAAUUUACCUCAUGUCAUUAUUUCAUGAUAAUUUUAAUAGACAAAUAAGAUGUAAAUGUAGAAAAACGGUUUUAAGUAAAAGUCAUGAGCAGUUUGAGCAUCUGAGGAUAUACUGUUGUGGUAUACAGUAUAUUCAUUCAUAUUUAUAAAUAAACAGUGGAAAAACUACGGUCCAGCAGUACUCUUAGCAAAACGUAGGCCUUAUUAAAGUAUAUUGGUUGAGUGAAAUUAUAUUUAUGUAGAAUAUUUCCAUCCAAUAUGAAGUCUAAAUUUGCAUGAGAUGCAAACACUGCAACAAUUGUAACAAAGCACAGUACCUGACUACUAAUAAAUAAUAACAAACAUACUAAGGAAAAGUUUUGGAGGAACGAAAACUUAACCACCAACUGCAACAUGAGGGUUUUCAACAGGAUAUUAUGUAAAUAUUUAUUGAACACUGUAUUAUAGGGGUGUGAGUGUAAAUCUGCUAGAAAAGUCUUUAGGAAGUAAAGGAAAAACAUGUGGUAUUUUGAAUGACGUCAUCUUCUAAAAGCUGUAAAGCAGUUUGGUCGUGAAACCAGGUAGAGUUAAAUGAAUGAUCUUAACAAUGUAAACGCUCUGUAACUAUACAAAUAAUAAAGAUAGUAAUCCAAAUAGUAAUAAUGAUAACAAUAAUAAUGAACAGGAUCUUAACUUUGUGGGGGUUGGUCAGUUCAUUCACGUCACUGCUUUCUGCGACAAAUCGUGGUGUAAGCUCUCAUUAUACAUUAGCUGAUGCUUCACCUUUUCAGCACUCCGGACAGCUCCGUUCUGCACACCGAGCAGAUGGAGUCGGAUAUAAAACCCCCUAUGCAGCGGAGAAACACCACCAGUCACAGCAUGGAGAACAGGCUCCUCUAUCCGCACAGGAAAACUCAAGAUGAGUAUUCUCAAUGCAAGCCAACACGUUCCGUGUUUGACAGCAGGGCUGUUUCCACGGGCAUGAAUUUGACCAACCCUGAGAAGUUUAAUGAGAAGGAAAUGAUGCAUGGUUUAAACGAUCGUCUCGCAGGAUUCAUAGAGAAGGUGCACCACCUGCAGUACCAGAAUACUCUGCUAGAGAGAGAAAUCGGGGAGAUUAGAGGGAAAGCGAAACCCGCAUCUUGUCUGGAGGAGGAGUAUGGACCAGAGCUCAGCAAACUGAGGCAGCUGCUUCAGGAAAUCACUCAUCAGAAGCAUCAGAUUGAAAUCGAGCAUGAAAAUUUAGAGGAAGACCUGUCCAACUUACGGAAACAACAUGACCAGGAAUCGCAGAACAGAUCGGAUGCAGAGAGCAAUAUCGUGGUCCUCAAAAAGGACAUUAAUGACGCGUAUCAGGCUAAACUACAGCUUGACAAGAAAGCGCAGACUCUCGUGGAUGAAAUCGGCUUCCUGAAGAGAAACCAUGAAGCCGAGGUUUCAGAGAUAAUGGACCAAAUCCAGGAUGCACAGGUAGCUGUCAAGGCGCAUGGAUUUGGAAACUCCGGCAUUACUGCGGCACUCCGGGACAUCAGGGCUCAGCUGGAAGGUCAUACAGAGUCCGACGUCCAGCAGCAGGGAGACACUUUCCAAUCUCAGUUUGCAAGGCUAACCGAGGCAGCUGAGAGCAAGAGAGAGGCAUUAAAAGCGACCCAGCAAGAGAUCCAGGAGUACAGGAGGCGCCUGCAGGCCAAGAACAUCGAGCUGGACUGCGCUAAUGGCACCAGGGAGGCACUACAGAAGCAACUACAUGACGUGGAGGAUCGCCACAUGGAAGAAAUGAUUCAUUACCAGAACACAAUUAAAGAACUUGAAAAUGAGCUCAUAAAUUGCAAAUUUGACAUGUCUGGUUACCUGCGGGAGUAUCAGGACCUGUUAAAUGUGAAGAUGGCUUUGGAUGUGGAGAUAAUGUCUUACAGGAAACUUCUCUGCGGUGAGGAGGCUCGUCUUUCCGCAAUGUCAGACACCCACAUCUCCCUACCCUACAUCUACCACCAAUCCCCCGUUUACACGCUGCCCUGUCUGAGACCGGGAGGCCCACACAGACGCGCCGAGCCGCAGUACAAGUUCGUGGAGGAGAUCAUAACGGAGACCACCAGGGAAAUAGAGAUGUCAGAAUUUGAGGAGACAGGUUCAGAGGAGACAGAUGAGCAGGAGGGUACCAAAAGAGAUAGAGGGAGCAGUGAGGAAGAGAUGGAUAAUAAAGACAGUGGAGACAUUGAAAGUAAGCAGAUGUGUGACAAUGAGCAGGAUCAAGUAGCAUCAGUUUGGGAUUUAGUAAACGGAUGUAAUGCUGGUAGUCCUGUGGAGGUGGAUGAUAGUGAUAAAGGUCAAAAAAGUAAAGAAGAGUCACAAGCCACUGAAGCACUUGACAAUGAAGGGGAUAUAGAUACAAUUACUCCAAGCAAAGUCUUAUUACAUGAGAGCCUUGAUGAGAAAGAUAAUGAGCAACAACAAAAAGAAGCUGAAAAGACAAAAGCAGAGAAACAAGCUGCAGGUACAAUGGCUGACAAAUAUGUCCCUCCAAAGUCAAAUGAUAUAAAGCCAGAUGUUCCUGUGGAGGAUGAACUUCUGAACGAAUCUGAAACUCAAGAGCUAAGCAGUGUUGAAGUGCAAGAUAAGGUACCUGCUGUAGAAACACCUGACAAAACCAUAGACUUAACAGAAGAGGCAAAAAGUACUCUGUUCGCAGAGAAAGAGCUUUCAGAGAAGGCUGAAAGAUCUUUGAGUACACCCAAGAGUGAGUCAAAGGAAAGCAAAAUCUCAUUAAGUGAGAGCCUUGAUGAGAAGGAUAACGAGCAACAACAAAAAGAAGCUGAAAAAACUAAAGUAGACAAAGAAGCUGCAGGUACAAUGGUUGACAAAGUCAUCUCUCCAAAGUCAGACGAUUUAAAGCCAGAGGUCCCUGCUAAGGAUGAGCCAAUCAAAACAUCUGAUAGUAAAGAAGAUGAUGCUGAGAAAGUUAGUUUUAUCCCAGUUCAAACAAAGGUGCCUGUUGACGAGACCUCGGCUCAGGAGUCUAAAGAAUUCGACAAAACUCAAGAGCUAAGCAGUGUUGAAGAGCAAGAUAAGGUACCUGCUGUAGAAACACCUGAGAAAACCAUGGAUUUAACAGAAGAGGCAAAGAGCUCUCUGUCUGUAGAGAAAGAGCUUUCAGAAAAGGCUCAAGUAUCUCUGAGUACAUCCAAGAGUGAGGUCAAGGAAAGCAAAGUCUUAUUGAGGGAGAGCCUUGAUGAGAAGGAUAACCAGCAACAACAAAAAGUAGCAGAACAAACAAAAGUAGACAAAGAAGCUGCAGGUACAAUGGUUGAGAAAGACAUCUCUCCAAAGUCAGAUGACCUAAAGCCAGAGGUCCCUGAAAAGGAUGAACUUAUCAAAACAUCUGAUAGUAAAAAAGAUGAUGCUGAGAAAGUUAGUUUUAUCCCAGUUCAAACAAAGGUGCCUGUUGACGAGUCCUCGGCUCAGGAGUCUAAAGAAUCAGACAAAACUCAAGAACUAAGCAGUGUUGAAGAGCAAUAUAAGGUACCUGCUGUAGAAACACCUGAGAAAACCAUGGAUUUAACAGAAGAGGCAAAGAGCUCUCUGUCCGUAGAAAAAGAGCUUUCAGAAAAGGCUCAAGUAUCUUUGAGUACACCCAAGAUUGAGGCAAAGGAAAGCAAAGUCUUAUUAAGUGAGGGCCUUGAUGAGAAGGAUAACCAGCAACAACAAAAAGUAGCAGAACAAACAAAAGCAGAGAAAGAAGCUGCAGGUACAAUGGUUGAGAAAGACAUCUCUCCAAAGUCAGAUGACCUAAAGCCAGAGGUCCCUGAGAAGGAUGAACUUAUCAAAACAUCUGAUAGUAAAAAAGAUGAUGCUGAGAAAGUUAGUUUUAUCCCAGUUCAAACAAAGGUGCCUGUUGACGAGUCCUCGGCUCAGGAGUCUAAAGAAUCCGACAAAACUCAAGAACUAAGCAGUGUUGAAGAGCAAGAUAAGGCACCUGCUGUAGAAACACCUGAGAAAACCAAAGAUUUAACAGAAGAGGCAAAGAGCUCUCUGUCUGUAGAAAAAGAGCUUUCAGAAAAGGCUCAAGUAUCUUUGAGUACACCCAAGAUUGAGGCAAAGGAAAGCAAAGUCUUAUUAAGUGAGGGCCUUGAUGAGAAGGAUAACCAGCAACAACAAAAAGUAGCAGAACAAACAAAAGUAGACAAAGAAGCUGCAGGUACAAUGCUGAGGUUGAGAAAGAUAUCUCUUCAAAGUCAGACAUUUUAAAGCCAGAGGUCCCUGAGAAGGAUGAGCCAAUCAAAACAUCUGAUAGUAAAAAAGAUGAUGCUGAGAAAGUUAGUUUUAUCCCAGCUCAAACAAAGGUGCCUGUUGACGAGUCCUCGGCUCAGGAGUCUAAAGAAUCAGACAAAACUCAAGAACUAAGCAGUGUUGAAGAGCAAGAUAAGGUACCUGCUGUAGAAACACCUGAGAAAACCAUGGAUUUAACAGA